CGUGAGACUAGCAAGCAAGCAAGCAGCGACGUCGGGAGCAAUACAGAGAGAAGAGCGCGAGGUAUCCGGGUCAUCUGUCUUUUCGUGACCUGCAGAACAUUGCUACACAUACUUGCCGGUCCUCCAUUCUACUCGCGUGUUUUCCAGCACAUACAAUCUCUCUCUCUGUCUCUAUCUCUCUUUCACACUUACACACAGCGAGCAGCGGCAAAAGUGGCGAACGCAAAUGGCUGGCUUUCGAGCGCGCGUUAAUGGACCGAAUGCUGAUAUCAGCGCGCUUUUCUUCGACCUGGACAACACCCUCAUCGAGACCAGAAAGGGGGACAGUUUAGCCUGCCGCAAGCUUGCAGAGGAGCUGUCCGAGGAAUAUGGAAUACCACAAGAUUGCGCCAGCAAACUCACCUCCUCAUAUCUCAAACAAUUCAGGAAGUGUCCCGACAACACCGCAUUCAGUUUGGACGCAUGGCGAACAUCGCUUUGGAGCAAAGCCCUUGGAGACAAACAUUCCUACCUCGCCAAGCAAACCUAUGAAAGAUGGCUUUACCUAAGAUAUCACUACUUGGCACUUUCGUCGGAUACCGUGUCUAUGAUUCAACAGCUCAGGAAGAAAUACCUCCUGGGUCUCAUCACCAAUGGCCCUUCCAACGCCCAAUGGGAAAAAGUUCACAAACUCAACUUGCAGCAAUACUUCGACAUUAUUCUAGUGUCCGGAGAUCUGCCGUGGGAGAAGCCAGAGGCCAAAAUCUUCGAGGAAGCCUGCAGAUAUCUAGGAGUUGUUCCAGAAAGUUGUAUCAUGGUGGGCGAUAAAUUAGAGACAGAUAUACUAGGUGGUAUCGAAGCUGGACUUGCAGGAACAGUGUGGAUACCAUUUGGCGACAACCGUCUCGUUGACAACGGGCCAAAACCGAAUUAUACGAUAAAGCAAGUUACCGAUUUGUUAAAAAUCCUAAACCGGGGACCUGACGCUCACGAGUAUGAGGAUUGCUCAUCAAACGCUUCUGACGGAAUGUAGAGAGGUUUCGUCUUAUGACACUGCUAAUAAGCACGUAAGAUUAAUGAUAAGAUUGACAAGUUGGAAAAAAAAAUUUAAAACCACUCAUCAGAGCAACAUAUAUUAUAUAUUUUGAUGUAGGCCCAUUCGGAGCAACUCGUAAAUAUAAUCGUCACCUCUUGAGAACUUUUCGUACACUUGUUACACUUAUUCACAAAUGCAUCAAACAAUAUUCGUACAUCUUCAUACUUUGUUUUCACUGUCGCAGUAAAUGGGUUAGUAAUAGUUGCGCGUUUAUUUUCGGUGAUAACAUUACACGAUAUGCAUUUUUGUGAUUUUUUUAUAAAUAUAUAGUUGACUAGUACGUGAUACUUUAUUAUUUUUUUAGAAAUAUAUAGAGAGUACUAUUGUUUUUCUUACUAAAAAGUCUAUAAUAGUCCUUACAACAAACGUACUAUCACCACGAGGAAGGUAGGUUUGGAACACGAACUAGUGAACCAAAUAUCAAUUUUUGCGGUACAAAAAAUGUAAGCCUUAAACACUCGUAACAAGUAAGUUUUAUGGCAGAGAGUUUUCCAUAGUUCUUUCUGCCUGAAUCAUAUCUCCGUAAAUAAAUGUACAUGCGUGUUUGAAAAAUGUAACAAUGUACAAAAUAAAAUAAGUAAGUAUUUAUUAGAAUAGCUCCAACGAUAAAGAAGCUUUAUUUGAAAAAUCCGCUUCUUUUUCUCCUUUUAGUAUAUUUACAAGUAAUUGUUAAAUAUACUUAGUGAAUAUAUAUAUGAGCUAUGACUGCAUAGUUAUAUUAUAAACGAUUGAAUCUGUACCUGUGUACAAGUGUGAAUUUCAUACACAUUAAGAAGAUUUUUUACUUUAUAAUACGUAUGUACAUAAACUAUAUUUUUUCACUGUACCUACAUGCAAUAUAUCUUCAAAUAUAAAGACAGCUCAUAAAUAGUAUUGUAUAAUAAUUAUGAUAUGCACCCUUAAAGCUCUGUAUGAAUAAAGAAAUAAACGUAAAAC